UUGUGUUCGAGGGUUUCAGGGAUCAAUAGCGAUAAGAUGGUGAAUAAAAAGUUAAACUCGUCUUGUGUGUGUACAUGACCAUUUAACCUCUCGUCACAUUGUGCCAACGAUCUAGUUGCUAUUAAAGCUGAUGAUAUCAACCGUAAUAUACUAUAUUCGAUGAACGAACUCAAGACUGCGUCAUUGAGUUUUUUUAAUCAGCGUUAUAGAAUGCUGUAAGUUACGGAGAGAUGUUACGACGAAAUAGGUUGAAGCACAGAGUAAUAUCAAUUGGUAUCAUUGUUCUUGUGACAAUAUUUUACAAUGAAUUUCUCGUAUACGAAGUACAAAAGCUCAAGUGGACCAUGCGCGAAUGCUCCGAGUGCGUCAAGAUUCUUCUUGUCGCAGAUCCUCAAAUACUCGGGGAAAAAUAUGAGAAUUAUUUUGGUUCAUGGAUAGCAAGAUGGGAUAGUGAUAGGUAUUUAGAGAAGACUUUCUCGAGAGCAUUAAAAUUUUCUCAGCCGCACGUUAUUGCCUUCUUAGGUGAUCUCAUGGAUGAAGGUCAUAUAGCUAAUGCAGAAGAUUUUGAAAGGUAUAAGAAGAGGUUAGAUUCAAUAUUUUCGAUGCCAGAUGACAUAAUGAAAAUUUAUUUGCCAGGUGACAAUGAUAUUGGAGGUGAGGACGAUCGUGUUUCUCCCAACAUCCACAAGAGAUUUAAUUUUGCAUAUACUCAACCAGACACAUUAGUGUACAAGACCGUUACCUUUUUCAAAGUAAAUAGAUUGACACGCACGAUGCCGGAAGCGCCGAAGGAUGCAUUUCUUAAUGAUUACGCGGAAAGGAAUACGACUAAUGUUAUUCUUAGCCAUGUACCUUUGCUGUUUACGCCCGGAAGUUUUGUACAAAAUGUAAUCAAAGAGUUAUCGCCGCAAGUCAUUUUUACCGCGCACGAACACAAAGCGAUGCAAAUAAGUCUGGACACGGCGACAGAUCAGUUAAGCGACGUUUGGAUUUUGUCACCUUAUGAAACACUUCUGUAUCAAUUAAGAAUGGACGUAGGAGAUAUUCACGAAAUACAAAUACCCACCUGUUCCUACAGAAUGGGUACACCACACAUGGGUUAUGGACUUGCGUAUAUAGAUACUCAAGAGAAGACCGUUGAAUUCACAAUUCUGUGGUUACCUGACAGAUUCCCGCUGCUACGUGCUUAUAUAUUUAUCGGUAUAUUGGUCGUGAUACUUGCCAUUUGCUUUUUCGUUUCAGGCUGUUGCGUAAAAAGCUAUGCAACUUAUAAUCGUUUACCUCCCGUUUAAAGUAGGGUUUAAUCCAAAAAGUACUUAUGCAUUCAAGUGAAUUAACUUAGCGUUGUGAUUAGGUACAAAGAUCCGUCCAGAUUACAUGAUUCUUCGAUCGUCUGUAUUAAAUCCCAAAGGAAAUGAGAAUAACGUUUAUUAGCUGCCACGUUGAAAUAACUUACAAUGAAACUUAGGGUACUUGAUGAUACAAAUUGAUAAAAAUGUUCUAUUUUAUUCAUUAAUGUCGAGAAAGAUGGAAUGAUGUUUUGUUGACUUGUAUCGCUAAAUAAUAUUAUCUUGUUCAUUGAAUCUCAAAAACCUUAGAUCUCCAAAACAA